AUGCAUUUGACAGAACGAGCGACGCCUUGCUCCUUGUUCUCACUCUAUAUCUUCUCUAGUUUCCAAAAGGAUUCGACAAUCAAUAUGGUUCAUGAAGUGAUAAUCAAGAAGCAUCCAAUAUAUUGGUUUGAAGAUGGCUCUCUCAUCCUUGAUGUCGCCAACCAUCGUUACAAAGUUCAUCAUACUCUCGUAGCACGGCAUUCAAAAUUCUUUUCUGCCGCUACUACCUUGGCAAAAGAAGAAGGAGGAAGAGAUACUAAGCAGGACGGAAAAGAGCAUGAUGGGGCUACGCAAAACAUUUUGGUGGGAAGCAGUCCUUUGAUUCAUACACAUGUAAUUUUGGAGCCCGAACGACAAGUUCACCCUGAAGACAUCGAGGCUUUGUUGCAACAUCUGUACCAUGAUGUGUAA